AAACUAGUUGGCCGAACGUGUACUGGAGCCUUUAUCAGCCUCCUCUCUCUUGGCCAGUGGUAUUCUUCGAGCUGCUUGCCGGAUAGGUCGAGCAUUUCCUGUUUGGAUAUUGUGCUGGACUAUAAUCUGUCUUUUCGGUAUUAAAAACGUCUAAAUAUCUAUGGACCAAAUGUCUCAGCUUCCUUCUUUGGUCUUGCCUUAGACCGGUGCCCAUCGAUGAUACUAAUUCUUUCGUAAAGGCAUUCCGGUUGAUGUCCGCAGACGCAACCGGGCGAAGUAUUAAUACUGAAGCUUCGGUGUUAUUACCGCAUUAUGAUUAGCACCUACAGGAAUAUUCCUUUUAGGGCUUAAAACGAUCCUUUCGAAUGCUAUCCCUUGACCAACAGCCUCGUCAUAAAUUGCAGGCGGUGACUCUAAGUUAAUCUGUAAAUAGUCGAAUAAAUGCUUACCAGCUCUUCAAUAUCCUCAUUUGACUUAAAAACUGACCGAAGACGCUCACCGCUGCACUGUCUAUUUAAAUGUAUAUGAACAAUUCUAUAAUCCCCAUGUUUUGCUUGAGGGUUCGAGUUCGCCCGAAUAAACUCAAUGGGCUCUUUUAUGACCUUUAUUCGUCAAAAACGAAUAAAAAUUUGUUUUUAUUUAUUUUAAUAUUAGCUCUUUUUAAUGUAUGAAACUGCAUACCCUCUCUAACCAAGGAGCCUCCAAUAUCUUAGAAAUAUUAAGGAAUCAAAAAUCAUCUAGCCCCUUCCUUAAACAUGACAGAGGCCCUAUGAGAGUAUGAGAUGAAACUAUAUGAUUAAACAAAUUGCCUGCUAAGAAUUCUUGAUAAACCACAUAAACCAAAUUCAGCAUCCGACUUAUUAGUUACUUAAAAUUUUAAAAAAAUUUAUUAGAAAAACAAUUAUAUUUCUUUAAUUUAUUAUAAUACAGGGGUACAAAGACAUAUUUUACCAAGCAAUUUGGACCAGCUGAACCAAGAAGGUAAUCAAGGCUCAAUGUAGAUGUAUAUGUAUGCCAAAAGUAAAACCAUAGAAAACAUUUUAAUGUUUUAAUUUGUAUUGAUCAAACAACUUUCUUUCAUUAUACGAUUUAUAUCCUCCACAUAUUCUGGAAGUUCCGAUAGACUGAGUCUUAAGUACUUUUCACGCACCAUAUGUCUUCGCGUACGACACCCAUUUUGCAUGCAUUGUCCCGCAAAAUCCUAUAAUAACUUCUUGUACUUAAUCACUGACAUCGAUUAUAAUGUCGUUCUUUGUUCUUUUGCUGUAUUGGACAUAUUUUUUCAUUUUUCUUUUUAGUUGCGUUGUUGUUCGCGGUCGAAUUGUGGAAAAUUACGAGGAUGUAGAGGCGCGCUUACAUCAUUACAUACAGUUGCUUGUUUAGUUAUUUUUUUGUUGUUGCUGUGUGCGGUUUAUUAGUAAAUUGUACAUUAAAGAAGAUGAAUCUUAUUGGUAUCCUUGCUUUUAUUCUGGCAGCUUCUAUUCCAGACGUUACUUCCACUCCCAAUAACACAGUUUGGUCCGAUGUUCAAAAGAUUAUAACUUAUUUGAUGGAAAAAUGUAUUUUUGACGAAGAUGCUUUUUAUAAUCGGCUGGACGAAGAAGAUAAUGCUGCAGUAAUCUUAAAGGAUUGCUUAAGUCGCCAGGGAUUACAGGUCCUUGAUAGGGCCUUAAAGCGUGACGUCAUCCAGAUUAGCCAUAAUGUGGUUUUAGUCAAGUGGAAGAAUGAGACAGACUCGCCUUGGUUGGAAAAAAAUAGGCAGGCCAGAAAUAGUCAUCGUUCGGAUGCGAAAAGAUAUGCCGAGGCAUCAUCCCAUCAAAGCGAGUUAAUUGAAAAAGCUGCGCGAUUUUUGAAAACUCGUCUGCUUAAAGUCAGCUUCAAAGGUUUCAAAAGCACUUCAAUUAUCAGUUCCGAAGGUCGUGGUCGCAAAAAUAACAUGUUAGGACAAAUGUUAAUGUUUGGUUUGGUAGCUGCUGGAUUUAUAGUCAUUCCGUUGGGAUUUCAAUUUCUGGCAGUUCUGGGUGGAAAAGCUUUAUUAUUAGCCAAGCUUGCACUACUACUAACGUCCAUACAAGGUCUUAAGAAAAUCGCAACCAGUCAUGUGAAUUACGGUUUAUAUACUACAGGUCCAUGGCAUUAUGACCGUAGAUGGCAAUACGAGUCUGACCCUUAUUCGACUGGGCUCUACAGUUCAGCAGGACCCACAGGUGAACUACAGCCUCUAGUAGAACGUACUUUGCCAUCAUCGAUAUUACCUACUGGCUAUAAUAUUUUAGCUCCUAGAGAGGAUGAACAAAUUUUAAAUUAUUAAUCUUCUAUUUAUAUAAAUGGCUUUGCUGUAAAUAUUUAUUUAUUUAUUUAUUUAUUGAGUGCGUUAAUAUAUAGAUAAUUUGUUAAAAUUU